AUUGUUUUAGGGCGGGUGCAACACAUUAGAAUGAGUGACGCUAUUCUCUGUAGAAAAUGUACCGGUCACGAAGAUAAUUUUGGGGGAACCGGGGGAAUCGGGGUUUCUCGGGAAAGCAGAGGUGAGGGCCAUCGAGCGAGGAAAUGAAGAUCUGGAGCACGGAACACAUAUUCAGCUACCCCUGGGAGACGGUCAUCAAAGCCGCCAUGAGGAAGUACCCCAAUCCCAUGAACCCUAGUGUGGUUGGAGUGGACGUGCUGGACAGGAACAUGGACACAGAUGGACGUCUCCACAGCCACCGGCUACUCAGCACCGAGUGGGGUCUGCCGGGCAUCGUCCGAGCGAUUUUGGGAACCAACAGGACCCUUACCUAUGUCAAGGAACACUCCAUAGUGGACCCGGAGAAGAAGGAAAUGGAGCUCUGUUCAACAAAUAUCACUCUGACUAAUUUAGUGUCGGUUGAUGAGCGUCUGAUAUACAGGCCCCACCCAGAGAACCCCGAAGUCACUGUUCUGACACAGGAGGCCAUCAUCACGGUGAAGGGUGUCAGUCUGAGCAGCUACCUGGAGGGGCUGAUGGCUCUCACCAUGUCUGCCAAUGCCAGAAAGGUCCGCCAGACCGCAACGUGGAUCAUCGGGAACCUCGGCUCUCAUAUCACAGCAACGACCUCCUGACCGACAGUGAAGGGCCACGGAGCUCCCGCGGCAACCGGCUACACUGAGCUGGCCCUGCCCAGGAGGGGCGUGGCUACGCAGUCUGCACAUUAACCACUGGGUGGCAGCAUCAGCAUCAGCAUCAGUGAACCAUCCACUGGCAUUCAUUACGGUUCAGCCUCCGCAGCCUGGAGGGUGUAUGUCCCACCUGAGGCUGGGAUUUGUGAGCCCACAGACAGUAGGCAGGCCUCUAAUUAGAAAGCUGUGUUGAUGAGUUUGUGAAUCUGUUCUCGUUUUUGCAAAACUCUACAGGGUCACAGACACAGGACCCCAAAUUCAGUCUAACUGCAGUGCAUGUCGCCCCUAACUUGGAGGAGGGAAUUCAAGAAAAGGGUUUCUUUUUCCAAUGCUUGUACAACACCAUGAACUUGGUAAAAGAAAUGAACAAAAAGUGAAUUAAAACAUGGUAACGCACAAAUGGACAAAGUGCUUUGCGGUUAGAUUGACUCUGGGCUCUGAUGUUGCCAACAGCUUCAGAAUGACUCGGUAAAUGGGAUUCUGGUACAAAGGCAGUUAAUUUGUCUCUAGGCAUUCUAACCAGGGCACAUUUCAGAAAAUAAUAGCUUUAGACAAUGAUAUAAUUUAGGUGAUAUUAUUUACCAGUAGUGUGGAAUAUGUGAGAUGUAAAGUCUCUGAAAAGAAUGUUAUGUGAAUAUUAGUGGAGAGUAAUGAAAAUGUUUUACAUUUGUGGCAAGUGUAGUUAGUGCUGCUGAAGCUGAUUGGUUUUACCGAUAAUCAAGGAAUUGAAGUUAUUCUGUUAAAACUGCCUCCACUCAAUGUCCUGCAAUGCACAUGUUAUCAAUGAAUUUAUCCUAAACACACAGAUUAAAAUAGGGGUACAAACUCUUCAUACCCCCUGAAAGUAGCCACCUCUUCUGAAAUGGCUUCUCUUCAGGAGCUGACCUUUUCCUUUUGCUUAAAAACUGAUCUUUCUGCUAUGUUAACUACAACAUUUUUGCACAGAAUUGAAGUGGGCAUGCAUGCAAGUAUAGUGUGGGGGGUAUUGAAAUUGUAUUGAAAUUGCUGAAAUGAUUCAUUUGCAGUGGAGAAAUGCAGUCUUUUGCACCUGGCAAUAGAGAUCGUCGGUUUCUUUGUAGAUAGAACACCUCUGUUGUUUAUGUUAUGUUAUGUUUAUGCUGAAUUGAUCUAACAUGCUUCUGAAAUGAAAUUCAGCAUAAUGUCUUUGUUUAAACUGUAAAAUACUUUUAUGUGGCAUGUAAAAUGCCGUUGUGAACAUAGACGCACUGAAUUUUUGUGGCAUUGGAAGAAGCUGUGUAAUGUAUGGUCUAGUUUGGUGACAGCUUGGGUGAGUUAAAUUGUAUGUGCUUGCUUAAAUGUAGAAAGCUUUUCUGUCUGUGUCAAUGGAGAGGAUUUGCGUAGUGCAGUGGUGAUACAGUAUAAAAGUGACAAAGUGAACAGGGUAGGACAGUAUAUUUAGUUGUUUCCUUUUUGCAUGCAAAUCACUACAGAUGGGGAAUUCUGUAAAAUACUGUCUCUCAUGCAUUGUCAGUCCUGCAGUCCUGCAGUAGUGGUUAUUUUUUGGUUUGACCAUUGAGGCAGUGGUCAGUAUGCAGUCGUCCACAGCAAGACAGGCAACCUCAGCUUCGGCCCCUGCAUUACCAUGGUGCUUCAACCAAAGCUUCCCUCCCAGGCGGGGUUCUUUCAGGCAGGCUAAGGGUUCAUUCAGCACUCAACUGUCUGACUGGGAGCUGGGGGUACAGUCUCAAAUUCUGCAAUGGAAAUGCUAGCUAUUUCUGGUAGAAAAACUAACAACCAAACACUGAAUGUUUCCUCUGACAAGCAGAAUGGUACAUCAUUAUACCUUAAUGCUGCAGUUAUAUUUUAUACAUGUAUUGGGGCUUUAAAAUUAGUGAAACUGAUUGCAAAGUAGCAAUUUUUUAUGUAAAGCAAUUAUCGAUAUAGGCUUCCAUACCAUUUGCAGGCAAGGCAGAGGCAAAUACUAGAGCAUCAAGUUGCAUUGCUAAAAUAAUUCUUCUACUGCCAUUUAGCCUGGUUGUGACUAACCAGUUAGGCACAAAACUUCAAACCCAGGUUGCAGUUGGUCCAAACUGAUUGUAGUGUUUCACAUAGAGAAGGGUGAAAUGUUCUUAGUUUCAGUGUAGGGUGUUAUUUCAAUUUUCAAUUUUGUUUCCUCUGUGGAAUUGAAAAUCAGAAAUGUUAGCCAACUGUUUAAAUCACUCCCACCCCAGUGCUGAUAGCACAUUUACAUAGCACAUUUACAUUUCUGUUUACCAGGUAGCUUACUGUUGGUUUAAUGGAUUUAGGGGCAGUAACCCCUAACUUUUAUAGUGCCCUGAUUUGUGACAGUAACGCACAGUCAAUCAAAGCAGGUGGCAGGCUGCAGUGCCCAAUAUGAAGGAAGAUGUGAGCCGUGCAUUACCUGUCAGACCUCAGCCAAUGAAGUCAGCAUGACUGUUCUCUGGUCAGACCUGAACCAACAAUUCCAGCAUAGGAGAUCUCUCUGUUCGUUCAUUAUAUUUCAUGGAUACACUGUAUGUAAAAAACACCUAGGAUAUUUCUACAAAGGCAAACCAAAGUGAAGUGUUUGGUUGGAUGUACCAAGCAUUAAUAUAUCAUCGCUAUAAGAGCCAUUGGCUUGGAAUGUACUUGGUGCAUUCAACUAAUCAAUUCCCGUGGGGUUUAUUUCAAGUUUCUAUCAUAUAUCCCUGUGAAAUGACAAUCUUGGCUCCCUAGUGGUUCAUUCGGGCAAGGUGUAUCGUUCACUUUACCAUGACCAGCAGCAGUGGUGGAGCACAGCAUGAAGGGAGGGUGAGGGUUAAGUCGAACAGGGUCCCUGCGUCACACUGCUCAGCACCUCAGUUGGGUGCCUGCAAGUUAAUCAAAUGAUGUGAGUGGAGAUGGCACCUAUCCUUCAUUUGGUGUCAGCUCUGUUGUGGUGCACUGUGGGACUUGUAGUGCAAAAAAAUUGUUGGAGGGAAAUUGUUGUAUCCAUCUCACUUAAUGCACAAUUGGCGAUUUUGAGAGUAGGUUGAAAAAAGUGAAAAAGGAUUAAAAGAAAGAUAGUUGAAAGGUAAAUUGCUGGUCAUUUUGUCUUUCAGAGGGCAGCAGUAGGUACUAGGUGUGGGAAAUACCUGUAGUUUUUAUACCUGGAUAGAGCUGCAAUACCAGGUUUUCCAUGCACAUCAGUGACCCCAGUUUGACCGGUCUAAUGCCUGCUUCACCAACCUCUUCAAU